UCCCCAAUUGAUCCCUGAUGUGAGCUAUAAUCAAGUGAGAUACGAGUACACUACGAUCACUUCAGUGGAGAGAUCGUGAUGCUGACACACUAGCGGAUAAAUGUUGUGUUGUUUGCUUCAGCACACCACGUGUUUAGAAAUAAGUGCGUGAGUGUGUGUCGUCUGUUUACAUGUGUGCAAGCGGCGGCGGCGCGAAACACAAGUCAACUGGAGUGUUUAUCGAGCCCGUGUGUGUGGUGGUGGAGUGUGCAGCUGCACAGCAAGCCAUGUCUCCCGCGAGUGAACUGAAGUGCCUCAAUGCUCCUGCUGGGGACGACGGGGAAGGUGAGGGGAGCCGGCGAGUCCUCAUGGCAGGAGGGAAGAUGAUGCAUGAUGAGGGAGGAGAGGAUGAGGGAAGAGAAGAAGCCUUGACGGAAGACUUAAUACAAGAUAUUUUGGGCCCUGAAGACAACACACUGUGUGGGGUGGGCGGUGUGAGGGGCGGUGCAUUGCAGCGGCUGGCCACGCCCCUGACCUACCUCGUGCUGUCCAGUGCCGCGGCUCUUGUGCAGGGAAUGUUCUAUACCUUCGCCAAUGCAACACUGUCCACCAUUGAGCGACGCUUCAGGCUGCCCAGCAAAGUGUCUGCUUUCAUUACAACGGGGAACGAUCUAGUGCAGCUCUUCUUCGGGAUCCCCCUGGCGUAUGUCGCUGGGAGAGGACACAGACCGAGGUGGCUGGCGCUGAGCAUGCUGGGAGCCACUGCAGCCUGCCUGCUCGCCACCAGCCCUCACUUCAUCUUCGGCCCUGGUGAUACAGCCGCCGCCGUGACGCAAGAUUUGACACCUAGCGGAAAGGGUCUGUGCACGAAGGAGGGGAGUGGUGGUAACUCGUCUUGUGGUGCUGAGGGCGUGGCCAUCAACACGGAGCAGUACACGGUGGUCACCCUCCACCUCCUAGCACAGGUGCUCGCGGGCCUGGCGUCGCUCAUGUACUACACUGUAGGACACACUUAUCUGGACGACGCUGUGAGGAAAGACAAGGUGCCGCUGUUCUUAGCUAUAUCGGGGUGUGUACGUAUUCUGGGCCCUGUGUGUGCGUAUUCCCUAGCAUCAUGGUGCCUGUCCAUGUGGGUAGACCCGUCCCAGGAGCCGCCCCUGCCACCCAGACACCCACAGUGGAUCGGUGCCUGGUGGAUAGGCUAUAUUGUGAUCGGUGGGUGUCUGGGCGUGGAGGCGUGGCUGUUGGCGCUGCUGCCCAAGACUUUGCCAGGCACGCGGCGGAGGAUGGUGCGGGAGCUGCGACAGGCGGCGGCGAAGGGCGGGGUGAGGGCCGUGCAAGAGUUAGCGGCCACCCUGCGUCCCGGCAACCAGAGCCCGAUAAGAGAUCUGUUCGGUGGUCUGCGGCGCCUGGUGCGAAACAAGGUAUACCUAAUGGUGGUGUUGAAUCAGUCCAUCUUCUGGUUCGCCUUCAUCGGCUACAUAACCUUCAAGCCAAAGUUUCUUGAGCACCAGUUCAAGAUGUCAGCGGCGCGUGCCAACCAAUACAUAGCGGCGGCGGCCACGGCUGCUACCUUGGCGGGCUGGCUGAUGACGGGGGCAACUCUAUCGCUGAUCAAGCCUCGUUCCCGCACUGUCCUCAUCUUCAUGGCUUCCCUAUCCGUCAUUAACUGCAUCCUGCACCUCAGCAUGGUGAACGUGUCCUGUGAUCGUGAGGUUAUACUAGGCAUGGACACAGUGCUGAGACGAAGUGACACCCCUCUUUCCCCCUCCUACGAGCCCUCCACGCCUCCAGGUGCAGAUGAUUCGCUAGAGGAGUGCAUGGCGGCGUGUGGGUGUACCCCUAAGUUCUCCCCUGUGUGUGUAGCUGGGCGGGACACCUACUACAGUGCUUGUUUCGCCGGGUGCUCCUCCUAUACUUCGCCCUUCACGUCCCUCGCUAUCCUUAACUCCAGCAGCGGUAACUUCACUAUUGCCAAAGCUAGUAAGAAGGUUUACGAAAGAUGCUCCUGUGCUGCUGAGGUUAUGAAUUCAUCUCUCAACAUGCCCCAGUCAGCCUCCUCGUCAGCGUCACCGUCAGCAGUGGAUGGGUACUGCAGCCACGAGUGUCCAGCCUUCUAUAUGUACCUCGCCCUCACUGUGCUGACUAAGAUGACACUAGCAGCCAGCAGAGUGCCGGUCAACAUUAUGCUUUUCAGGUGUGUGGAGCCCCGUGACAAGGAUUUAGGGCUGGGUGUGUUCAAUUCGGUCCUCGCUCUAUGCUCUUUCAUCCCGGCGCCUGUGGUCUUCGGCUGGGCUAUUGAUGCCGCGUGUCGCUUGUGGGAGGAGUCCUGCGGGGGUCGCGGCUCCUGCUGGCUGUAUGACAUAGACACUUUCAGGAAAACCCUACAUGGCAUUCCAGCAGGUUUAAUGGCGCUGUGUCUUCUCACGGAGUUGGUUCUGAUCUUCCUGCACAAAUCUAUUCACCUCUACGGACCAGCAGAGAAGACCCGCGAGGAUAGCUAAGACUUGUGCUGCGCCUCAGUGUAAAUGUUGCGCCGCCUCUCAUCGAAACUGGAUGCAAGACAUAUCAGUACGUCACGUUUGAGCGGGUUAAUUUUUCAGUGGUCGUAUUAUCAAAACGAAAGGGAUGCGUAUCGUCGUCAAGUAUAUGGCCAUACUAAUACAAUUAUUCACACAAAUUUGCCAUAAAUAAAGAAAAAUCGUUCCAACAAGAUAAGAGAAAUGGUCUCUGUAAUGACAUGAUUAGUGUAAUGACGCUGUGUAAGGUGAAGGCUCCAGGCUUUCCCUUCGUCAGUCAGUCUGGAGAGGUGAGAGUACAAUGAUUGUUAGACCUGCUGUGUGUGUUCACCUAAAUCGUAAGGCUUGUGGCUGCUCGUCUCCCGCAGCUAAUAGAAUACAACUUACAGCUUCAUGAAAUACAGAAAGCUGUAGUGCAAGGAUCCGAACACAAGUGGCACGGAAUGAAGCCAAGCAUGAGUAGAGGUAAGGUAGACACCCUUUUCCUCUCGCACAGCCCGUUUUAUGCAUUAUUACGUGUGACAAAGAAUAAGACACAAUGAUGCUAAGGGGGUUUCAACAAAGUGAACGUGAGUAUAUUUGAUGUAUCCGAGUCUUGGAAAGUUAGUCCGUGGUGAAGGAUUAAUCUCCUUUCUAGUUAUACAAGUUGAGUGAUGGCUGUUCCGCCGUGAAGGAUUAGCUCUCUUCUAAGUACACAAAUCGAGCAGUAAAGUGACUGUUCAUAAUUAUGGUUAUUAUAGUGAAGCACAAAUCGCAGUAAAUGUUAAGACGAAGUACGCAGCUUUAUUAACUAAUGUUUUCGGCUGUUAACACUCAGCAAACUUGGGGACCUGGUAGGAAAGCGGAUUUUUUUAGGUGGGGAAGUCUAGAAUAUGGUCAACUGUCACUUUUUACCAAGAAAAAUAAGUGAGCUAUUGUUGCUGUUGUUAUGAUGGACUCCAUCUUUGUUACUGCAGAAAGAUUCCAGAAAUUGGCAGUCUAUACCUCCUUAGGAACACAAAUCUAUCUUAGCAUUAGAUAACCAAACAUAACCAACCGUUAUCUAAUCUAGGUUAGGGUAGGUCAAUUUUAAGGUAAGUAUUGCUGGGUUAGAUUAAUGUCCCUAAGGAGGUAUAGAGUGUCAAUUUCUGGAAUCUUUUUUCUGCAGUAACAAAGACGGAGCCCAUCAGGGUUUCUCAGUGUGUGCUAUGUGGCCCCUGGGACCAUGAAAAGAUUUCAGUGGCCAUUGAAGAAAAUUAGGAAAAUGGGGGCCACAGAACUUCCUAAGUUUGCGUUACUUCAUUUAAGCACUUUUUUCAUAUCUGUUUUAGGUGUGUUGUUGUCUAUCGCGCCCCUGACGGGACGCACGGGCUUGUUUUAGGUUGUUUUCUUGUCACGUGUUUUACUGCUUCAUUUAGCGACUUCAGCAUCUUUUUGCUGAAUCCUGGUAACAUUAAUUUCCCAUAAGUUGGCAACUUAUGAGUUAGGGUUGCUAUGUUUGUCGUUUUAUAGACAUUCUGUUUCAUUUUGGUCUGUUUUGUCCUUUAAUUUCCCUGAAACAAGACAGCCUUAAUCUGCUUUUUUUCUUUUUUUGCCUAAUUUUCACCCAUUUUUACCCAAAUUUUGAAGUCUAUUGAUUUACUAGUAGAGUAUGAAUUUCAAGUCCACAGUUCUAUCCUAACAACGAUCAUUACAAUAUUUACUUCCCAAGAUGUGGUAAAUUACGGGGGCGGGCACCCACAGGAAUUCAAAUUACCUUGGAGACCACCACUGCCGAAAAAAAGGUUGAGGUAUAGACCACCGAUUUCUGGAGAUUUUCUAUAGUAUCGAAGAUGGCGUCCGUCCAUCACAACAACAGCUCCAAUCAUUCCUAAUUAUUUUUCGUGGGAACAGGUGAUAUGUGACCAUAUUUUAUCUUCACUCACUCAAAAACUUUCCCACCAGAUCCCCAAGUUUGUUGGGUGUUAAGAGCUUAAAACAUUAGUAAAUAGAGCUGUGUGCUGCGUCCUAAUACGGGGGCUGGGUGGCGUAGUUGCUUAAUUAAUUAAGGCGGCUUGUGUUCGAAUCCUUGCCAAACUUAGUUGCCCGGUGGGAGAUAGUGCGGUCUUCCGUUAUCCCUAGCUGUGCCAUAUGACCUAAGCUUUUGCGGCACCUAAUGGAAGAUUUUUUUUUUUUCGUGUUAAUACAAGUUUCACUGCGAGAUAGUGUUUCGUAAUAACCAGUAAACAAUCGUGUGCUACUUUACAGUUAGAAUAGUAAAGAAUAGUUAGCCUGCUGAUGGAGGUUUUCUUUUAAAUUAGACGAUUUUGUGUCCACGAGUACCGAUAUUUCUUUAUUGAUUAAAAUGAGUUGCUCAAUAUUAGGUUGGUUAAUUGUUAUUGAAUCGCAGGCAUUGGUCGCCAACCACCAUUUUUUAAGAUAAAGUAAUGAAAUUCAAUCGAUGAAGUCUUUAUCAGUUAGCGGUAUAAAAUGUGAUGGUUUUGUUGUUCAAAGUUAACGUUAUGAACGGCAGUAUUCAGUACAUUGUACAGAAAUUGCGAAUAGGGAGUCAAUAUUGAAAAGACGUUUCAGCUUGCUUUAGAAAGCCGUCAAUAUUGAGAAGACGUUUCAACUUGUUUUUAGAAAGCUCAAAAUUAUUGUAUUGUUAAAUCAGCUGCAAUAGAUAACUAAAUGGAUAAGAAGAUGACUAAUAAAGCAUAUGAUACUAGCAAUAACACGAACAACAGUAUUAAUGAUCAGCUGACAGUGGCACCAGCCUCCGCACUAUGCACACGGAGAAUAAUGCUACUUCACCACCACGGGCUGCGUCGGACCGUGCGGCAAAGCAGUAUGGCGGGCUGGAUGGAUGGAUGGAUUUUGGCCAGUAUGACGGGCCGUAUCAGUGUAUUGUAGGAUGCAACCACAGCGAAGGAAUGGUUUUGCAUUUUUUAUAAAGUCCAAUAAAAGACGUUAUAAUC